GACAAAAUGGUGAUACCAGCAAAAGGAGGACACCAAGAAAUGAAGAAACUAACGAAUCAGAUAAUAACAAAGCCUUGUUGAAUCAAGAAUAUUUGUUUUACAAAAUGCAGCCUAUGUUGGAUGGGCCUGCAAAACUAUGUGGAUGUUGUAUAAAGAAGAAAUAUGAUGCUAUCGAUUGUAUUCUAGAAAAGAAGUAG